AUGACCCACUGGGGGAAAGGCUGUGAGGUGGCCCCGCCCACCCGCUUGGGUCUAUAUAAGGGCACGUUCCAAGAGUUACAUCGCUCACUCACCCACUUUGCCUUGCCUUCUACUGCUGGGAUCAUGGCGACGACUUUCUCCAGCCGCAGCCUGUCCUUCUCUGGAGGGACCCAGAGAUCGAGAGGGGGAAGCUUGCUUGGCCUAGGCAGGUCUCAGACAGCUUCAAGUAUCUAUGGGGGCUCAGGGGUCCUGGCUAGCUUCUUGCCCCUGGUCAAGGAUGGGCUAGCAAGGCGUUACGGGCAGGGGUCUGCGGAGACCCAUAUCCUUGACAUGAAUGAAAAAGGGACCAUGCAGAAUUUGAAUGACCGCCUGGCUGCCUAUCUGGACAGGGUGCGUUCUCUUGAGGAUUCUAAUGCACAGCUGGAGCAGAACAUCCGGGAGACCUAUGUGAAGCGAGCAUCAACUGGCGGCCCCGAUCUGAGCAGUUAUUUCAACACCAUCACAGACCUGAAGUCUAAGAUCCAACAGGAGACCCUGAAUAAUGCUGGGCUGCUCUUAAGGAUCGACAAUGCCAAGCUGGCCGCUGACGACUUUAGAGCAAAGCUGGAAUCUGAGGUGGCCAUACAUCUGUCUGUGGAAGGGGACCUCAGCGGACUGCGCAAGGCCCUGGAUGAGCUAAACGCAAGCCGAGCUAGCUUACAGGUGCAAGUUGACCAGCUCCAAGAGGAGCUGACCUACCUCAAGAGGAACCACAAGGAGGAAGUGUCCUCUCUCCAGGGACGGCUGGGGGGCACCAUCAACGUCGAGGUGGACGCCAUGCCUGGCGUCGACCUGCAGAAAGUCCUGGGUGAGAUCCGUGACCAGUACGAGGAAGUCACGGAGAAGAACCGCCGGGAGGCCGAGGCACUGCAUAUCUCCCAGUGUGAUGCAAUCAAUCAGGAGGUUGCCAUCAGCACUGAAGCUCUGCAGGCCGCUCAGCUGAAGAUCACGGAGCUGAAGCGCUUGGCCCAGACCUUGGAGAUCGAGCUCCAGUCUCUCCGGAGCACGAAAGGAGCCCUGGAGGGCACCCUGGCCGAGACCGAAUCCCGCUAUGGGAUGGAGCUGUCGCGGCUGCGUAGUCUUGUCGCUACCAGGGAGGCUGAGCUGCUCCAGCUGAGGUCUGAUGCCCAGCGCCAAGCCGAGGAUUACAAGCGGCUGAUGGAUAUCAAGAACAGAUUGGAACAGGAGAUUGCCACUUACCGGCGUCUUCUUGAAGGGUCAGAUGCUGAGGCACCGACUACCCCAGAACCCUCUGCAAGCCGUCGAGUGAAGACUCUCAUUGAAGAGCUGGUGGAUGGCAAGGUGGUCUCUUCUCGUGUGGAGGAGGUGGAGCAUCAGCUCUAAAAGGCGCCUUGUUGACCAAAAUGGUGGCAGAAUGGUGGUGGUUGUGAUGGGUGAAGUAGCACA